UGGCUGUCAAGACGUUGAGUUCUGUUCGAUGUAGAUCCGCUUUAAGCGAUCAUCUGUUCGCGCUCCGAGAUUGACAAGAAGUCUUGCUGCUCCGACGUUCAUUAGCGGGCAAAUUUCUCGUUCAUUUGAAUCGCAUAUUGCGCAGUACAUAUUGUCGAGAAACGGGCCGUGGAUUGGUUAUUAGUCGUGAUUAGUGGUGCGUCAUCGGUCGGUUGAACUUGAGUCAGGGAGGGAAUUUAUUAUAAAAAGGAAAGAGCGCGUGGCAGAGCCCGAGUAACUUGAUUAUGUGCGCGAAAAUGGCUUUUCAACAUCAGCCGGGUACCGCGAUGGAGUGCCUAAGCAUACCAAUUACAUUACACAAAGAAACAGAAAUUAAUGAAAACGGUGAAGAAGUAAUGAAAUGUGGAUUUAAAAUUGGUGGGGGUAUUGAUCAGGAUUUUACAAAAAGUCCACAGGGUUAUACAGAUAAUGGAAUAUAUGUAACAGAAGUACACGACGGAUCACCGGCGGCAAAAAGUGGUCUCAGAAUGCAUGACAAGAUAUUGCAAUGUAAUGGAUAUGAUUUUACAAUGGUAACUCACAAGAAAGCGGUUUCUUAUAUAAGAAAGCAUCCAGUAUUAAAUCUUUUAGUAGCUCGUAAAGGUGUUACCAGUACUUAAAAAUAUGCCAAAAGAGAUUUUUAUAUAUUGUCAGAUAUUUAUUUCAUAUUAUACUCUGAGGAGAUUUGCCUAUCCGAUGUAUUUUUCUGCCAAAUAUUACAGUAUGUAUUAGUGACCUCUACCUAUUAAUUAAUAUGUAGAAAUUAUAGUUCAGAAUAUAUAAGACAAUGUUAAAUCAUGGAACUGAAAAAGUUAAGAUUUUUUUCAAGGUCGAGACAAACAGAUGUUAUGCUAACUUGACAUCAGGAUUGGGAAAGUUACUUGAAAAUUUAACUCGUUAUUGUUAAAUAUUAUUCA